AUGCUCGAGUGUUUCCAGAAAGCAGCAGACGUUUUGGGAGAGAAGAACAAGAAACAAACAGCCGGUGACUCCUUGACGGCGUCUUCGAUGAGGUCUUCAAGUGAUCAGAGCGAGAAGAUAGGCAACAAUGGUUUCCACGAAAACGGAGAGAGCCGGCCAGUUAUUUCAGUGACUCCAUUAAACAGUGUGCCUUACAUCGGUCCAACAAACGGUUACACAUCAUCAAUGUCAGCCAACAGAUCAAAUGGCAAUGCAGAGAAAGUAGGGCCUGCUAUAAUACUUCUGCCUAACGAAACAAGUCAAGAGUUUAAUGACCUACUCGCUCAAACCAAAACCGGAGUUGUCCUCACUGGAAGUGCAGCUCUGGGAAAAAUUGGAUACACCGUUGGUUUGAUAGAUGUCGCUCAGUCUGAUGACUCCUACUAUUUCCGUGUCUCGCUGCCUGGUGUUUCAAGAGAUGAAAAGGACUUUACAUGCGACAUUGAACCGGAUGGGAGGAUUAUGAUAAAAGGAGUAACAACGACGGGAGAGAAGACAGUGUGCAGACACUCGCAGGUCUUCACGAUGCUGACACAGAACAUGUGCCCUCCAGGUCAUUUCACCAUCUCAUUCCAGCUUCCAGGUCCGGUCAGCAACAAGGAUUUCAAUGGUAAUUUUGGGUCAGACGGUGUUCUUGAGGGCGUAGUGAAGAAGCUGUUUGAGAACUGA